AUGGAUUCAUCAAAAAGUAAACAAUUGGUACGCCGUAUGAAAGCUAAUAAUCGUGAGAGAAAUCGUAUGCAUGGUUUAAAUCGUGCAAUGGAUAACUUAAGACAAUGUGUUCCGUUAACUACACAUCAUCAAAAAUUAUCAAAAAUUGAAACUUUACGUCUUGCUAGAAACUAUAUAACAGCUUUGAAGAAGAUUCUUAAUGAUGGUCAAGUAUUAAAUAAUUUAGAAUAUGCUACAAUUUUGUGUCAGGGAAUGUCACAAACAACUACAAAUCUUAUAGCAACAUUAACUGGUGUCCAACCUAGAUUAUUAAUGAUUGCUCAAAAACAAAAUUCAUACCUUACACCUCAUUCAACAUCUCCAACGCCUUCAAAUAUGUCAAGAGAAUGUAAUUCUAGUACACCAGAUAGUUAUGAUUCAAUAAAUUCAACAAUCUCAUGGAAAGAUGAUCAUAUAAUAAGAGGACAAGAAUUUUCUCCAAAUUCAAAACCAUCAACAAUUAAUACAUUAUAUCCACCUUCAUCAACAAGCAUUCUUCAAACAUCUUAUAGUAAUGUUACAUCUCAAAUAUAUGGAUAUGAAAAUAUUACAAAUUAUGAAAAUGGAUACACAAAUAUUCCAUACUAUCAUAGUCAAAGAUAUUCACCGUAUUAA